AUUCCACAUUCUGCGAAUUAACCCAAUGGCAAAAGAAGCUCGGUGGGCGUUAUCAGACAAGCUCGGAACAGGAUCUGAGCUCAACUCGGAAUCGGACCUGAACUUCUUGUGGGUACACCAGUAAUGUGGGUUUCUGAAGAUGGAAGUGCAAAAGAAACCUGUACGCGUCAUCGCAGCGGCGUGCAAAGACAGAGGCAUUGGAAAAAAUGGCACACUGCCCUGGAAAUUACCAUCUGAGUUCCAGUACUUUCUCAGCAAUGUUACGCAAGUCUCAAAACCAGGAAAGUUCAAUAUGUUGGUGUGGGGCAAACUGAGCUGGUUCUCCAACCCUCAGACUAUGUUCCCAAUGGCUAAUGUUUUACAUGCUGUACUGAGUGAAACACUGGAGACAGUCCCAGAUCAUGCCCACUUCCUUUGUCAAGACCUAGAGAGUGCUUUCCUUUUGGCUGCAAAGUAUCCACUUGCAGACUUGAUUGAGACCAUAUGGGUUGUUGGAGGCACUCGGGUCUACAAGGAUGCACUGGAUCAUCCCUGGUGUGAUUUGGUUUUCCUGACAGAUAUUAUGGCUGAAUUUGAGUGUGAUGUUUUCUUCCCUGAGAUGGAUCCACAAGUUUUCAAAAAACAGGAAAGAUUUGCUGGAGUGCCAAGUGGAACCCACGAGGAGAAUGGCAUUAAAUAUGAAUUCCAGGUAUUCAAGAAGAAAGAUUCACAAAGAUGAAGAGAAUUUUUUCAAUGACACCAGUGAGGUUAAGUGACCUUUUCAAUGUCUGUUAUGUUGUUGUAAUGUCACUGUGUGUGGUAAUAGUUCUCAUUGAUCCACUAGAGAGAGACAAAGCACUAAACAAAAACUGUAGCUCAAGUGUAAAUUGCAAACUUGAGAUAGGAUACACAUUCUGACAGGAAACCCAUAUACCCACACACACAAACACAUUUAUAUUAUUAUAUUAAGUCAUCAAUAAGGAGUUAAACUUAAUUAUUUAUCUCACCAAGACGUUUAGGGCAAUUCAUUCUCUGAUUCCAACAUCUUUUCCUUUGAAAUGAGCAAGAAUGUGAGCUAGGAGGCCCUCACAUCCUACAUCGCUGACGUCUAUCCUCAUAAAUGUAUUCUGAAUGAUUGCAAAGCAUUUCAAACAGGAAUGUCGGUGUGAUAUCGACAAUGUCUUUUAGAAAGUUAAAGAGUGACCCUUGUUAUACCUGCAAAGGGAGACCGCAUCUAUUUUUUCCCUACCACUUGCAGGAGAGUAACCAGCAUACAGUUCAAUACAUUUAACAUAACAUUCACUGCAGAGUUUGACUGAAGACUGUACUUAAUACAAAAGAUUAAAAGAUAUCAACCCACUUCAAA